AUGUGGUGCCUGGAGAAGCUCUGCUUGGGUCGUGAGCGCCUCCGCCCGGGCGGGGAUUGGCUUCUCCUGGGUCGAGCCCGCGGAGCGAGGGUCCGCACCACCGCCGCGUGCGCAAACGUGCUCACACCGGACCGCAUACCCGAGUUCUGCAUCCCACCGCGACUCGUGCCCAGCCUGACCUUGGCUGCGCUCCGGAAUUCUUGGGGAGAAAAGGCAGAGACGGACGAGGGCGCUGGCCCCACCGACUGGGACCCGCGCUCGCAGGCGGCGCUCUCGCUGCCGCACCUGCCCCGCGCGCGCACUGCCUACGGCUUCUGCGCGCUGCUAGAGAGCCCGCACACGCGCCGCAAGGAGUCGCUCUUCCUCGGGGACCCCGGCGCCGCCGCGCUCCUCCGCCCCCGGGCCCACACCUACGGCGGCGGUGGCGGCCGAGACGCCCCCCUCAGGACACUGUGCCUAGAUUCUGCCGUCGCCCCUAAGGGCCCCGGCGGUUCUCGUCCGCCCCGGGACGCACUUGCCCUAUGGGCCUGCGGCCGCCGCCUCCUGCGCGCCCCCGACGGGCUUCUGAGCCGCGCGCUGCGCGCACGGAGGAGUCGCGGUCUGGCCCGCGCCCGCUCAGUCUCCAGCGGGGACGAGGACGAGGAGCGCGGGGACGAGGACGAGGAGCGCGGCGCCGGCCCGGAGUCCCCCUCCCGAGCCCCCUCCGAGCGCCCGCCGUCGCUCCCCGGCCCGCGGCCCGAGCGCCUGGAGGCCGAGGGCACCGUGGCUCUGGGCCGCGCGGGCGGCGUGCUGCGCCUGGCCGCCGAGUAUUGUCCGGCCAGCGGGCGCCUCCGCAUCCGGCUGCUCCGCGUCGAGGGUCUGGCCGGAGGCGCCUCGGAGCCCCGCGCCGUCGGCUGCCGCAUCAGCCUGGUCUUGCAGCCGCCCCGCACGACGCGCAAGCAGCGCGGCUCUGUGCUGCGGCCGAGCCGCAAGGCCGCGCUCGACCAGGACUUCUGCUUCGACGGGCUCACGGAGGACGAGGUGCGCCGCCUGGCCGUGCGCGUCAAGGCCGAGAACAAGGGCCGCGGCCUGGAGCGGGGCCGCCUGCUGGGCCAGGGCGAGCUGCCGCUGGGCGCCCUCCUGCUCGUCUGAGGCCCGGCCCUGCCUCGGGGCGCUUUCUGCCUGCUGGGGGACUCUGGACUCUGACAGCUGCUUU